AUGUUUCACGGACAAGCAACUUAUUAUCAUUUAAGUGGUGUUACGGCUUGCGGCACAACACAUUCUGACCAAGACUUUGUUUGUGCUCUUAAUUCACAACAAUUUGAUACACAUACACCUCACGGAAAUCCGAAUAAUAACGCAUUGUGCGGUCGAAAAGUAAGUGUUACAGGUCCAAGUGGUACAGUAACUGUGAGAAUCGUCGAUCGACUUCCAUCAGGUGGAUACGGUGAUCUUGAUUUAUCUCCAGCUGCUUUUGUUCAGAUUGCUGGUAGUCUGGAAGUUGGUCGCGUUAAUAUUGAAUGGGAAUUUGUUUAA